AUGCGGGCCGAAGAGACGCUGGCGCUGGCGGCCGCGCGGGCGGGUGGCGGCGGCCAAGGGGAAGUGGACGCGGCAGGCGAGGAGCGGAGCAGCGGCAACUGCUGCAGCAGCGAGCGACUGGUGAUCAACAUCUCAGGGCUGCGCUUUGAGACCCAGCUACGGACCCUCUCCAUCUUCCCCGACACUCUGCUGGGGGAUCCGAGCCGCCGGGUGCGCUACUUUGACCCUCUCCGCAAUGAGUACUUCUUUGAUCGAAACAGGCCCAGCUUUGAUGCCAUCCUCUACUACUACCAGUCGGGGGGGCGGCUCCGCAGACCAGUCCAUGUGCCCCUGGAUGUUUUCCUGGAGGAGAUACGCUUCUACCAGCUGGGUCAGGAGGCCAUUGAGACCUUCCGGGAGGACGAGGGCUUCAUCCAAGAGGAGGAGAAGCCUCUGCCACAACAUCACUUCCAGCGUCAGGUCUGGUUGCUCUUUGAGUACCCCGAGAGCUCGGGGCCAGCACGGGCCAUUGCCAUCGUCUCUGUGCUGGUGAUCCUCAUUUCCAUUGUCAUCUUCUGCCUGGAGACCCUGCCUGAGUUUCGCCAGGAACCCAAGGGUACCCAGCAUGGCUUUGGGGAGGCGGCACCCCCCAGUGAUGAUGCACUGCUCCUUCUGCCACCACUACCACUACCAACUGGGACCCCAUCACCACUGCACCCUGCUGCUGGUGCUGGCCCCUUCUUUACUGAUCCCUUCUUCCUCAUUGAAACCCUGUGUAUCAUUUGGUUCUCCUUUGAGCUCCUUGUUCGCUUCUUUGCCUGCCCUAGCAAGCCUGAGUUCUCCCGCAACAUCAUGAACAUCAUUGACAUUGUGGCCAUCAUUCCCUACUUCAUCACUUUGGGCACUGAGCUGGCCCAACAGCAGCAGCAGAAGCAACAGCCCGGAAGUAGCAGCAGCAAUGGGGGCCAACAGCAAGCCAUGUCUUUGGCCAUCCUCAGGGUCAUCCGCUUGGUAAGGGUCUUCAGGAUUUUCAAGCUCUCCAGGCACUCCAAGGGGCUGCAGAUCUUGGGGAAGACUCUCCAGGCCAGCAUGAGGGAACUAGGCCUCCUCAUUUUCUUCCUCUUCAUUGGGGUGAUCCUCUUCUCCAGUGCUGUCUACUUUGCAGAGACUGAUGACCCUGACUCUCUGUUCACGAGCAUCCCUGAUGCUUUUUGGUGGGCAGUGGUAUCCAUGACUACUGUGGGCUAUGGGGACAUGUAUCCCAUGACAAUUGGUGGCAAGAUUGUGGGCUCUUUGUGUGCCAUUGCAGGCGUGCUUACCAUAGCCCUGCCUGUACCUGUUAUUGUAUCCAACUUCAACUACUUCUACCACCGUGAGACUGAUCAUGAAGAGCAGUGCCAGUACACCCAUGUCACCUGUGGCCAGCAGCAGUCCCCCUUCUCUGAACCCAAAAAAGGGGACAGUAACCCGUCUCUCAGUAAAUCUGAAUUCCUGGAAGCAGAAGACCUGGAGCCCGUGAAAUAUUCCAAUUUUAUUACUCCAAACAACCAGGGUUAUAAAGAGAAGAAAAUGCUGACAGAGGUGUGAUCAAUUUUGUUAUCCUGGGUCCAGAUACAGACCUGCAAGCUGCUGCACAGUUGUUUUUCCCAGUAGCAGCUGGAUCUAUUCAGCAUUUACAUGCCAGACUGUGAAUUGUAAUACCAUAAACAGAAUGAUUGUGAUAGUGGUCUUAUCCUGAUUUGCUGUGUUUCAUUACCUUGUGGCAUUGGAAAUGUUCUUUGUUUAUUGUGUGGAGUGCUAGAUGUCAUCCCCCACUCCCUCAUGGAUUUCUUCUUUUUCUGAAGACUGCUUUAAUCGAAUAUUAACUCUGGAGGCUAACCUUCUUAGUCCCCUGGCAAAGAAGCAGUUCUUGCCACAACUUCAGCUGAUGGAUUAGGCAUGGAAUAAACAGUUAAAGGGGCUACAAACAUCUGUCUGAAGCCCUGCCCUUAGUUCCUGUGCCAGCUCGGUGCCCUUGGCUGCGAUCACUCAUGCCUGCCGUGCCAUUAACUCUGAAUAAUGGAAACACUAUAGUGUCACAGUGAGUUCUGCAGCUGUAGAAGAAAGACAGCAGAUGCCUUUGUCCUUUGCUACCCUUGGCAUUCUAAAGAUCUGUGGGGUUGUAUUUUGGAAAAGAUGCACAGAUCUAAAAUCUUGAAACUGCUUGUGACCAGGUAUUGUAUUUCAAAAGCAGGCUUAAAAAUCAACAGGCUUGGUGAUGAUUCUCUGUUUUUCAGUCUUAUUUAUGUCAGGGCCCUGAAGUUAAUUUGCUGUUAUAAUACCAACUUAAUCUUCAAAGUGAUAAGUGGCUUCUGAUGCAAGACACAUUUGAGAAAUGUAGUUUAUCUCCAUAAUUUAUCUCUUCAUGAUAGUGUUUAAUGAGAUAUACUUUAUACUUCAGGUGUCUAAUUCUAUAUGUGAGAACAAUAAAAACCAGUGGAGUCUAACUGAAAGGUUUGUAUAGCUGAGAGAAGUUUGUAUGUUGGUAUAAUUCCAUUAUGAAAUACUUCAACUACAGACAGUUGUACCUAUACUGAAGAUUGCACUGGUGUAACUGGCUGCAGACCUAAAUUGCCCCAGGAUAAGCAUGCUAGUAUUAGAGGUAUAUAUCAGCACUGAACAAACAUUCCAAAGCCAUCUGCACAAGCCCAACAGCAUAUCCCAGAUCUUUCAAAUGAGGGAAGGAAAGUGUUAACCUUGAUGAGAUACUUUUCUUUGAUCUAGCCAGUUCUGUACAUUUUUUAGACAAAAGGCACAGCAAUGUUCUUUGCAUGCAAUAGGUAUUCAUGAGGACAACUCAUGCUUCCAAUGUUAAAUGCAAACCUUGGCCUAAAAUGUGAAGCUUGUCAAGAGGCCACAGACAGGCAUCUUAAGAUGCAUAUUCUCCUUCCCAGGACAUUGCAUUCUUUAUUCAGUUCUGUCUUAUACCUGAAUUUAAAAUGUUUCAGAUGCUGCCAGUGAGUCAGAAGGGGAAAUGGAUGCUUUCAGACUCUAUUGGUAAAUUUUACUUCAAGGAAACGUCUUUUUGUGUUCUUUAUCUAAGUGUAUAUUCUGCUUGCACAUAUGCUUAUGUGUACAAAAGCAAAGGCAGCCAUUAUUGCCUUACAUCAUACUGUAUAUGUGUAUUAGUGUAUUACAUAUUGCAUGUGACACAUGUAACCCUGUAACACAUAAAAUAGACCUAAUAUCAAGGUGCAAAAUAUAUAGAAUACAUUUUAUGUAUAUGUAUAUAUUAUGCCUUUCAAUCAUUAAGGUAAGAGUGCUAAAGGAAUGUCCUUUCAUAUGAUCAGAACUAGCAGGCUUAUGAGAUGGGAUCUCUUUGCAUAUUUGCUACUCCGCUUGUUUUUGUUGCCCUGAGACCUGGCUCCAAGCCUAGAGGGCUUUUAUUGUGGUUCUUCUCAUCAGGGUUGUGAUCACAUGGUAGAAGUUGUUUGUGCAAAUCCUAACUGUUGCAUUUCUCCAGAGUCCCUUUGUCUUCUCAAAGGCUUUUGAAUGCA